UCAGCAGACUGUGCGUAUGGAAUUACACUCAACCAAUCGGAGAGCCGCGGCCAUGGAAACCUCAAGACGCUAGGCCUUAAGUUGUUUCUUCCGCUAAUGCUGCAGCCUCUGGUGUAGUCUCCUAUCCAGCACUCCUGCCCGAGACCGCACUUUCAUCUAACACACGGACCAGACUCCACCUAUACCUUGUCAUAUCAGCAAGCGAAUAACAUGUUUAAGGCGAAAGUGCUCGUUAUUGGGCCCACAGAGAGUGGUAAAACUGUAUUGGCCAAUUUUAUAUCUGAUGCAACAGAAACAAUAGGCGGCGAAUACAACCCCACUCAAGGUGUAAGAAUUCUAGAAUUUGAAUGUCCAAAUGGAAAUAAAGGUUCCUCAUGUGAAGUGGAACUUUGGGACUGUGGGGGAGAUCCAAAGUUUGAGAGUUGUUGGCCAGCGAUCAUGAAAGACUCACAUGGCGUGAUCAUUGUUUUCAAUGCUGACAUUCCUAGUCAUCUCAAAGAGAUCGAUACGUGGCACUCCAACUUUAUCCAGCAGCAGCGAUUGCAGGAAAACCGCUGUCUUCUAGUUGCACAUAAGAAGCCUGGGUCAGGGGACGAAAGAGAACAUCUAAAUUUAUCUCCAGCCCUUGCUAAAUUAACCCGUAUAUAUUCCAAUCUGGAAGAUGACCCUGAGGAUGUAAGAAUGGAGUUAAUGAAAUACCUUCGAGACAUUGUCAGUUCAUUGUCGGAGAGCAGAGACCAGGAGGAAAUGUCCAUUAUAACAUAAAAUAUGUUAAAAAUCUGCAUCCUAAAUAAAUAUUUCUUUUUGUAAUUUUUUUAUUAUCAAAAUCUAGACAAUUGAAGAGGAGGAGAUGAGGAUUGUAUUUUAUGUCAUAUUACGAGGGAUGCACCGAAUCCAGGAUUCGGUUCGGGAUUUGGCCUUUUUCAGCAGGAUUCGGAUUCAGGCAAAUCCUUCUGCCUGGCUGAACCGAAUCAGAAUCCUAAUUUGCAUAUGCAAAUUAGGGAAGGGAAAUUGUGUGGAUUUUUGUCACAAAACAAGGAAGUAAAAAUGCUUUCCCCUUCCCACCACUAAUUUGCAUAUGCAAAUUCGGAUUUGGUUCGGUAUUCGCCCGAAUCUUUCUCAAAAAAAAUCCAAAAUAGUGGAUUCUGUGCAUCCCUACAAAUUACACACUUUUUGUAGAGGAAAAUUACUGGGGUACAUAAAGACUUCUCUAUAUCUAUAAAGAAUAGAUGUUUGCUAUAGAAUGCUUGUGUUAGUUCUUCAGUUGCCCCUAAGAAUUUUGCACCUCUUGAUUGUUUACUGAAAUAAUAGUUGAAUAUAAGAAUGAUAUAUGAACAUUCCAUCUGUCUCUCUGCUUAGUCAGUGUCUGCCUUAUUGUACUAUUUCCUUUUCUCUGUUUUGUAAUAUUCUGUACAUAUGGUCUGCUGUCUGGGCUGGCUUGUAAUCACCACUGUCCAUAUAAACCCUUCAGGUUUGAUUUACCUUUUUAAGAUAUUAAUUGCAAAACACAAACCUUCUAAAGCUGUUACCAUUUAUAGGUUUUAUAUUUGUAUGUGUUAGGGAUGGACCAAAUCCACUUCUUUGGAUUCGGGCGAACCAAUGAAUCCUUUGUGAAAGAUUUGGCCGAAAACCGAACCGAAUCCUAAUUUGCGAAUGCAAAUUGGGGGUGGGAAGGGAAAAACAUUUAUGACUUCCUUGUUUUGUGACAAAAGGUCACGUGAUUUCCCUUGCCCUCCCAUGCAUAUGCAAAUUAUGAUUCAGUUUGGCCUGCCAGAAGGAUUCGGCCGAAUCCGAAAGUGGAUUUAGAACAUUUACCCUAAAUAAAACCAUUUGUGGAUUUCUAGACAUUGAAUACAUGUAAGCAGAGAAUCCACCAGAGAAGACAUUGGUACUUAAGGGGCACUUUGCAAUGUUUUUAUUGAAGAGAUUAUUUUACCUUGUGGUGGAAUAGCACAUCCCAAAGCAUCGUAUUUCCAAAAAUGAAUUGCAAACGGAAGGCACUGAAGCAGAAGUUCCUUAAUUAAUUUUCAGUGCACUCAAUUCUUAUUAAAGGCCACAUUCUUGGAGUGCAGUCAUAAACUCAUGAUUAUAAAAGACAAAUGUCUGAAGCUGGAGCGAAGGGAAUCAUGAAAAGGCAGAAGCACAAAACUAGCUUUCAAUUAUCUUAUAAAAAAUGCCGUUCCAGCAAGUUACAGGUGUAUGGGCCCAGGUGCAAAUAUGCAGCCGUCUGGAGAGAUCAGAGAAGCAGGAUUUCCAAUCUACUGCUCUAAUUCAUCACAUUUCUCAUUAGCUAGGAAGUAUUUGAAAUAUUCCCCCUUUCAGAUCCCCCAAAUUUAUAGUAGUGUUUGUUACAUUUAUGGCUAGAGAUAGCUAUAGCUAUUAUGCUAAAUGGUUCCAAAACUAGGCACAACACAUUAAGGGGGUUAUUUGCCAUAUUUUACCAUAUUUAUUAAUAAAGACACGAUAAAAUCGAAAAA